CAGUGAGAGUGGGAGAGGGAGCUGGGAGCCGGGAGCUGCCGUCGCUAAUCGUUGCCGUCCACGGUCCACCAUCGCCACUCACGGAGUCGCAGGUGCCAGGUGGCCUGGACUGAUAUUUUAUUGCAUCAUCAAAUGGAUCAAGUGGGUCAAUCUCAUCCUCCACUUGGAUUGAGGCAAAUGAAUCUAAAGAAAUCAUUUAAGCUGGGCAUACGCUCUCUGCUGACGACUUGUUCUAAGGAGGAAUUUUUCAAAGCAUUUUCAACAUUCAACAAGGUGGAGCAGGAAGGUCUUCAUCGCUUAUUUAUUCAGGUCAUCACUUCUCUGCAUGAAAACAUAGAGGAAGAAUUCGAGUCUAUAUGUGGUGAAACACAGGCGGGCAGCACUCUUGAUUCUGUGGAGCAACUAGUGGAAGAGCAGUCUCUAGACAGUUUGUUUGCAGAUAAGACAAAUUUUGGUGAAAUCAAGCAGGAGUUGUCAAAAGCAAAGAAGGAUGAGAUCCAGUACCUGACGAAGAUGCUUGACAGGGUUAUAGAGCAGAACCAUCUCAUGAGAGCUCGUGUGGAAUCUCUCAAGAAGGUAAGACAGGACUUCUCAGUCGCUCCUGGUGCUGCUGACAAGUUGAGAAGCUGGAAUUUGAAUUAUGGGCACAUACAAUAGCAAUGGUGUGUAUGACACAGCAGCAAUAUAUAUGUAUUGAAUGAAUGGAUGUACUCCUCGUCUUGUACAUUCUCGUGCAGUUGGGGAAUUAGUGUAUUUAAUGAAGUUGAUUAUCGUAGUAUAAUCAUUUUAUUCAAUUUUCUGUAUGUUUCUCCGUCCAUAAUACAAAUUACCUGGUUAAUAUAUGUAAGGGAAAUUUUCAGGUCUUUGAUACU